AUGACAACAGAAACAGUCACUGCAGAGGCCGGAGGAACGGAAGCCUCCUGGUGCAAAGGCACCGGGCACGUGCAGGGGUGCCCCAGCGCCACGAAGGCUCACGCAGGUCCUGGCAGAGAGGUGCACGCCAAGAACCACAGCUCAGAGCUCAGAGGCGACUGCCAGCCGCCGACGCACUGCCGCAUCCAGAAGUGCACCACGGACUUCGUGGCCCUGACGUCGCAGCUCAGCCCCGCGCUCGAUGGCUUCGACGUGGAGUUCUGCAAGGCGCUGCGUGCCUACGCCGCCUGCACGUACCGCAACUCCAAGGUGUGCCGCGGCAACCUCGUCUACCACUCGGCCGUGCUGGGCAUCAGCGACCUCAUGAGCCAGCGGAACUGCUCCAAGGACGGGCCCACCUCGGCCACGCACCCCGCGGCCACGCACGAGCCCUGCCACUACGGCGCCCGCGCCGCCGAGCCGCCCGCCUACCUGUUCUGCGGCCUCUUCGGCGACCCCCACCUCAGGACGUUCGGGGACCACUUCCAGACGUGCAAGGUGGAAGGGGCCUGGCCUCUCAUAGACAAUAACUACCUGUCGGUGCAAGUGACGAACGUGCCCGUGGUGCCGGGAUCCAGCGCCACUGCGACAAAUAAGAUAACUAUCAUCUUCAAGUCGUACCAGGACUGCACGGAGCAGAAGGUGUACCAGGCCGUGACUGACGACUUGCCCGCGGCCUUCGUGGACGGCACGACGAGCGGGGGCGACGGCGGCACCAAGAGCCUGCGGAUCGUGGAGAGAGCGAGCGGCAAGUCGGUGGAGAUGCACGCGCGGUACAUGGGCACCACGGUGUUCGUGCGGCAGCUGGGCCGCUACCUCACGCUGGCCAUCCGCAUGCCGCGGGAGCUGGCCAUGGCCUUCGAGGAGAGCCAGGACCUGCAGCUCUGCGUGAACGGCUGCCCGUCGGGCGAGCGCAUCGACGCGGGCGGCCGCCUGNUCUCCCGGGAGAGCGCGCCGCGGUCGGGCUCCACGCCCGAGUCGGGCCAUGUCUGCGCCGCGCGCGCCCGCGCCGCCUACACGCUGGAGAGCGCCACGGCCGCCUGCCACGACAAGAUGCGCGUCAAGGACAUCUACUUCCACUCGUGCGUCUUCGACCUGCUCACCACGGGCGACGCCAACUUCACGGCGGCGGCGCAGAGCGCGCUGCGCGACGUGCAGGCGCUGCACCCGCGCCGCGAGCGCUGGCACAUCUUCCCCAGCGGCGCCGCCGCGCCGCGGCCGCCCCGCGCCGCCCUCGCGCUCGCCGCCUUGCUCCUCCGCGCCCUCCUGUAG